CAUUUUAAUAAGCUAAUUCGCAAGUUAACGAGAAUGAAAUUUUUUUCGGCAAUUUUACUAUUCAUAUAUAAUUUUUAUAUAUGUUAUUCUUUGGAUAAUGGUUUGGCUAGAACACCUCCAAUGGGCUGGUUAUCUUGGGAAAGGUUUAGGUGUAAUAUCGAUUGUGUCAACGAUCCCGACAAUUGUAUAAGUGAGAAUUUAUACAAAAGGAUGGCCGAUCAUUUAGCCGCAGAUGGUUACAAGGAUGUCGGUUAUCAAUAUGUAAAUAUAGACGAUUGCUGGAUGGCUAUGGAAAGGGACCAAAAGACCGGAUCUCUUGUGGCUGAUCCUAAAAGAUUCCCCAGUGGUAUAAAAGCAUUAGCCGACUACGUUCACGGUAAAGGUUUAAAAUUAGGAAUUUAUGAGGAUUUCGGUACAAAAACAUGUGGGGGAUAUCCCGGAUCAGAGUACUAUUUACAAAAGGAUGCGGAAACUUUCGCUGAGUGGGGUGUUGACAUGUUAAAGCUUGAUGGAUGUUAUUCCAAUGUCAAUCAAAUGGAUGACGCCUAUCCAAUUAUGGGUCAAUGGUUAAAUAGAACAGGGCGACACAUGGUUUACUCUUGCAGUUGGCCAGCCUAUCAACAAGGUCAUCAGCACAUUGACUAUGCCAAUAUUGCUAAACACUGUAAUCUUUGGAGAAAUUAUGGAGAUAUUGCCGAUUCUUGGGAUUCAGUUACAUCAAUUAUUAAUUUCUAUGGUAGUAACAAGGAAAACUUUGCUCAAGUUGCUGGACCAGGCAAUUUCAACGAUCCAGAUAUGCUUAUCCUGGGAGAUUACGGAUUAAGUUAUGAUCAAGAAAAAACUCAAAUGGCAAUGUGGUCGAUUAUGGCAGCUCCGUUAUUUAUGUCUGUCGAUCUUCGUAAUAUUAAACCUCAAUCAAAGGCUCUUUUACAAAAUAAGCGAGUUAUCGCAAUAAAUCAAGAUAUGCUUGGUGUUCAAGGGCAGAGAGUGCUAGUGAAAGGCGACGUUGGAAUUUGGACUAAACCAAUUCUUCCAACAAAUAGCAUGGCUGUUGCCUUUCAAUGUAGUAGUACUUCAACUCCAGAAAAAAUAUCCAUUCAACUCAAGGACAUUGGUCUUACCCAUUCUGCUGGUUACAACGCAACCGAAGUAUUUGAUAAUACUCAAAUUGGUAUGUUUAAAUCAAACAGCCAAUUCACCGCCACAGUUAAUCCUUCUGGAAUAUUUUUCGUCAAAUUUACUGCUCUAUAA